UGCGCUUCUUGAGAGGUUGUUUGGUUGGUUUUAGCUGAAGUUAGUGUUCUCCGUCUGGUCACCUAAAUUUGUCAACAGUGGACGAGUGCCCAUGGGCUAACAAGAGAAAUGCCACGGAAAAAGAAAAGUGGGCAGAGUCCCGCCCGAGUGCCCGGACUGGCAGCUGACCGCGGAGGCAGUCUGAAUAAUGUCGGGUCCAUGACUGACCGAAAUAUGGCACGAAAUGAAACAAAAAACGGCGAUAAUUGGGGAGCUGGCACGCCGCUGACUGCAAAGUCAAGUGAUUCUUCUGGGAAAGAAGAAAUCGUGAACAAGAUGCGGGAAAUGUUCUCUCACUUGGAUCCCGAAGUUAUUUACCUUGUGCUGGCCGAGUGCGAUUUCCGAGUGGAGAAUGCAAUGGACUCCCUGCUGGAGCUAUCUGUAGCGGCUGAGGGAGCCGCCCCACUGCCUGCUCCCGUUUCAGGGUUCGAGUUAGCGGCUUCCCUGCUGUAUCCCAAACCCCAGCAGGGCAGCACUUCCGCGGCGGCUAACGGUCCACACGUGUUCCAGGAAAAGGGGGAGGACCGGGAGGACCAGGAUGCGAUCGGGACACACCUGACGGCAGAAUUCGACACACUCAUCGACAGAGAGCUGGAGACGCUGGAGACGCGCCCCCCGCCGUUCGGUGACCCCUUCUCCUCCGUCCCGCCUCUGGGGGAGCAGCGGGCGGCUCGCGAGGCUCUUCCUGAGCUGCUGCAGUCCAGCGUGGAGCAGAGCCCCAGGUCCGGGCGGGAGCAGCAGGCUCAUCCUGAUGGGGCCUGGGGGACCGUGCCACGGGACGGCUCCGGCACCCAGUCCCCUGUCAGUGGGCUGAGCUUCAUCGGGUCCGGUUUCCACCCAGAGCAGGCGGGGCUGCUGGAUUUUAGCCACCUGACAGCUGAGUCUUCCACAGGGACGAAGCCUGCUCUGGGGCUGGGGAACAGCGGCCGCCCCUCUGCUUUCCAGGCUUAUAAGAAGAGCCCCGGUUCCGUCCCCAGCGCAUCUGUGGGCGGCCGAGUCGCGGUGAGCAGCCGUGAGGAGGUGGCAGUGCCCGAGGCACGGGGCACCUCGGCCAGGGGUCAGAGUGCAGAGGCGAAGGACACUCUACCGGCCCCAUCAACAUUCUGGAACAUCCAGGCCUCAGAGUUCCAGCCUCCCCAGCCGGCUUUUAUCACCCCCGUAGCGCUGAACCCUACAGUUUGGAACUCGCAGCCAGUGGCACACUGGUUUGGUCAUGGUCCCAUGCAGCAAGCACCCCUGAAACCCGCAGCCACCAUUCCUAAAUCCUGGGCCCUACCGGCAGCACCCAGAUCCCCAUCUCAGUCCAGGAGCGCCCGUUUGGAGGGACGGGUGUUGGUGCUGCUGAGGGGGGCCCCAGGAUCAGGCAAAUCCACUUUGGCCAGGAGUAUCUUAGGACAGAAUCCCGGGGGUGUGGUGUUAAGCUCAGAUGACUUCUUCAGUCGUGGCGGACAUUACUGUUACAACCCGUCUCUACUGGGAGAUGCGCACGAGUGGAAUCAAAACCGAGCCAAGGAGGCUUUUGAGAAGGGCGUGUCUCCCAUCAUCAUAGACAACACCCACAUGCAAGGCUGGGAAAUGAAGCCGUACGUGGCUAUGGCUAAAGAACACAAGUACAAUGUGAUAUUUCGUGAACCGGACACCUGGUGGAAAUUCAAACCCAGGGAGCUGGAAAGACGCACCAAGCAUGGGGUGCCGAAGGAGAAGAUCAGGCGCAUGCUGGAGCGCUACGAGCGCCAUGUCUCAGUAGACACUGUCCUGUGUUCGUUCCACAAGCGGCCGGAGCUGAGCGACAGUGGCCUGACCCAGCCCCCACCAGAGGCCAGCCUAUCACAGCCGUCGCCGUCCGAGGCGAAGCCAGAUCUGGUGGAGGACCCCCACUUGAGCCUGGGCUCUUCUAAGGCCCAUACCCAGCUCUUCUCUUCCCUGCCUGACGUGUCUUCGGUGGGGAGGGGCUCGGCCAGAGAGGAAGGCCUGGACACUGACAGUAGCAGGAGCAACAGCAGGACUGGCAGCCGCCAUGGGUCCAGUGCGUCUCUGUCCGUACCAGGACAGAGUGUACAAACUGAUGCGCCGCCAGAGCCAGACCUGAAUGAAGCCGAGCUGCUGGAUGCCAGCGCUUUGGACUGGGAGCUGGACACACGUUCAGCUGCUGAAGAUGAGGGUCGGACUCUGGACGGCGAGAGAGCGGCAGAAUUCAGCUGGGAGGAGCGUCUGAGCGAACAACCCGUGGCCUUCUCAGAGUCCAUCGGCCAGCGGGUGAGGCGGGACAGAACCCGCACCAGGCAGGCUGACACCAGGAACGGAGAUGGGGCCGGGCGGUCAGAGGGUAACGAUGCCGUCCCGAGAAACGCCGGUCUGGAGGAGGGAGAAAGGGCAGGUGGCGGUGUUCGUGUGGCAGGCAGUGACUGUGUGAGGCCAGAGCUGUUGGAAUUUUUGGGGGACUGGCCCACAGAGGGGCUGGAGCAGCGGGGGCAGAGGUUGAGAGAGGGGAGGGGGAAGGGGAGGCAGCAGGAGGGGAAGGCCGCAGCAGAACAGGACGGAAGCCACAGUUCCGAAAUGGAGGAAGGCAGCAGCGACAACCAAGAAAAGACAGAGUUUCAGAAGUUACUGGAUCUGUUACAAGUUGGCACCAGCUCCUCACAGAAACCAGCAACCUUUUCUGUGGGCUCUGGUGUGGCAUCGCCUGCGGAUUCCGCAGUACAGUCCAGCUCAGAAGACCUGAGUCAAGAGGCUGGAUCUGUUUACAGGGGAACCAAGAGUCCCUCUCUGUCUGGUGGGGAGGGGGUGGAUCAGAAGACAGGGAGGGACACCAGACCAGAGCUGCUGGACUUUGUGGCUGACUGGACAUCUUCUGGUACUACACCCGUGAAGGAUACUCCACUGAGCCCAGAUGUGGAGGCCCUGAUGACAGCAUCCAAUGCCAGGGAACAGGAGGAUGACAAGCUGCUAAUAGGCAGGGAAACCAUCCUCUUCACCCCUGACACAAUCACAGAACACCAAAGUGGAGGUUUUGAAGGGUCGAGAGGCUCCUCUGGGACCAGGAACGACCCAGGGACCACCUCUCAGAAGUCAGAGACUCCUGGGGCCAUGGGUGGGGUGGAGGCGGAAGGAGGCCCCGUGACCACCGUUUCGGGGGGCAGCCAGGAGCGCAGGACGAGGCACAACCGGCGAUCGGGGAAGCAGUGCAAGCUGGCGCUCACCUUCACCAACAACAGCCCCACCUCGCCCAGGCUGCAGCCGGAGUCCCCGCAGGCCUCCCCGCGUCUCAGCCUCCCCCCCGCGGGGCGGCCCGCGCCUCAGCGCAGAGCCGGCGCCUGCACCUCCACGCAGACCGACCCGCAGGACUUCGCCCUGCUCUGGAGGAUGGAUCGGCGGCAGCAGACCCGGGCCGAUGCCGAGCGCGCGGAGGUGAGGGUGCUCAGCGCGGACUGCGCCCGCUUCCAGCCCAAGCCGACCGAGCCGGUGGAGCCCGGCAGCCCCCGUGAGGUGCCGUACCGGGUGCUGCACGACAAGGGCACCCAGGUGGAGGAGCAGGAGCUGGGGAGCGGCCUCGCCAGCAAGUCCCAGGACCUGCAGAUCCUCAGCCGCCACUUCAAGCUGGUGUCCUUCGACACGCUGGAGGACCUGUACGACAUGUGCCACCAGGACAUGCAGUGGACCACCAACCUGCUGCUGGACUCCGGAGAGCAGCUGUUCAAGGACGACGAUGACAACGAGGAAGAGCUAGCACCAGCAGGCCAGGACGGUCUUACCCGAGAGAGCGGACCUUAUCCCGGUGUGCCAAUGGAUUUACCCAAUGCCCACAGGGAAACAGAGGGUUUUGUUCUUCUCGAUAUGGAGCAGUCAGAAGCUCUUGGCCAGUAUGUGGGAACCGAGGCAAGCUCUGGGGAUCUGGAGGCGCACCCUAACAGCGAGCGGGGCUGCAGUGCUGGGGAGCAUCAGGUGACCACCCAGGAGGGCGUGGCCAGGGAGGAGGACAGCAGUGCAGCUGAGGAACUUCCCCAAGCAGCAGCGGAAAGCUCUGUGAAUGACCUCCGCGCACCAGGAGAGCUCUCUACAGGUCAGCCCAGGGGAGAAGGAGGUACCUCCCCACCGCUGUGGGACUCCAACGAACCAGAGGCUCCUGGGGAAACGGAAAGGAGACCGGAGACUGAGAUGGCACCGCCCCCAGCCCUGGAUUCAGACCAGCCCACAUCCACAGCACCAUUGCAGAGGGUAGGACAGGAAGGAGAGCAAAGCGAGGGGGCAGCUGACCUCCUCUCUGAGGAUGAUGUCACGAGGUCUCUGCUGGUUCAGCUGGAGGAGAUGAACAAGCGGGAGAGGGAGGAGGCGCAGAGGGAGAGGGGCAGAGAGAGGGUGAGAGCCAGCCAGGCCAAGGGGGGCCGAUCACCCCUGAAGAUCCAGUCUUUGGAACUGAAGCUGCCCACUGAACUGGCCUUUCAGCUCACCGAGCUCUUUGGACCCGUAGGCAUUGAUCCAGGUGCGUUGUCCACAGAGGACUGCUCAGUGCAGAUUGACCUGAACCUCGCCAGGCUCCUGCACCAGAAAUGGAAAGAAACCAUUAAGGAGCGGCAGAGGCUGGAAGUGCUCUCAUACCACCUGCUCCAAGAAAGCUCUGUCCACUGGGGAGAAUCUCAGACGACCAAGCCAGCGGCCAAAGAAGGAGCUCCACAUUUCCUGAUCGGUACAGACGGCUUGGCAUCUCUCAGCCAGUUGGAGGUGUCUGAGAGCUUCCCCUUCAUGGAUCACUGGAACGUGCCCCAGUACCACGUCUCUCUGCGGGAUAUCAUGAUGGAGGAGGAGGCCCUACAGGAACACCUGGAGAAGUCCAGAGUGGGCAGUGUGGACGGGGCUGGGAAGGACGGCGCCACCCUGCUGAAGGAGAAGCAACUGUACAGCUUGUACCCCACCAUCGACCGCCACUUCCUCAGCGACAUCUUCAAGGAUCACAACUACUCCCUGGAGCAGACGAAGCAGUACCUGAAAUCCCUCCUGGACGAGGGGCCGGUCCGGACGGUGGUGGCCCAAGACACGGCCCAGCGCAGUGACGCCCAGAGGGCGAACAGCAACGAGCGGCGGCACAAGGGCAAGGAGUCUCCCUCCACACAGAGACGGAAGGGCAAAGAGUCUCCCUCAACGCAGAGGCGCAGGAGCAAAGAGCGAGGGCCGGGCGGGGGAGAGUUCCAGGACACCGAGGACCCGGAGUACGAGGAUUUCCGGACCGAGGCGGUCCUGCAGAGGCGGAAGCAGCAGGAGAGCUUCAGUAAGGCCGCAGAGGCUUACCGACAAGGCAGGAAGGAUGUGGCCAGCUUCUACGCGCAACAGGGUCACCUCCACGGGCAGAAGAUGAAGGAGGCCAAUCACCGCGCGGCCGUGCAGAUCUUCGAGCGCGUCAACGCCUCGCUGCUGCCGCAGAACGUUCUGGACCUCCACGGCCUGCACGUGGACGAAGCCCUGUACCACCUGCAGCGGGUCCUGGAGGAGAAGACUGCGGAGUGGCAGCAGGGUGGGUGCAGACCUCAACUGUCAGUCAUCACCGGAAGGGGGAACCACAGCCAGGGGGGCGUGGCCCGCAUCCGGCCCGCCGUCAUCGACUACCUCACCAGCCACAACUACAGGUUCACUGAACCGAAGCUCGGCCUGGUGCUGGUCACACUGCACUGAGCCCACCAGCACUACAGGGCCGGAUCACAGCACCCACUGUCAACAUGUCUC